UGCACCACGACUUCCAGUGACGUCCAGGGCUAAGAUGAGGUGAAACGGUUAUUUUCGGCUAACUACCUGGCUGUAAGAAGAGCUAGUGGCAGCUACACCUGGACCAACGCGGCGCUUUCCUCUCACAGAGAGUCAAGCUCAUCACGAAUCGCUGUCUCGCUGAGGGACCGACCGUCCACCUCACAGUGUUUAUUGUGAGUUUAUCGCCAUGUUGUCAUCCGUUCCCACCAGGCUGCUGACGCGAAGGUCGCGCAGCCUGUCACCGUGCGGUCGCGUGCUCCAGACCAGCGCCAGCGGAGCCGCAGGUCAAAGCCUCCGCGGCACACCGGCGGAGACCCCCCGCAGCCCCAUCGUUUCCACGUCGCGGGUCUCCAGGAGGGGCAUUUUGUCUGAAGAGACCGCUGUUACCAGCGUGAACCCAUCGGUGCAGUACCACCACCUCGCCCCUAGAUGGCUGUCAAACCUGGAGAAUCGCCGCAGCUCCUGGGCGGCUCUGGCCAGCAGGGGGCGCCAAAACAACCAGUACUGGGAGGACGGCAGGCAGGCCGGUGGGCGCGAGAGCCGCGGUGCAGGUGGGGGCGCCGGCCGUGCAGGACUGGCCUCAGCCGGUGUGCUGUCAGCCGCAGCGGUGGCCUUUUGCCUGAGGAGAGACUCAGAUAACAAAGGUGAUGCUCUGCUGGAGGCAGCGAGAACCAACAAUGCACAGGAUGUAUCCAGGCUAAUAAAAGAAGGCGUGGAUCCAAAUCACCGGCACCGCCUGGGAUGGACGGCCCUCAUGGUGGCCGCCAUGAACCGGCAGCACAGCGUGGUGAAGGUCCUUCUCGAAGCCGGCGCCGACCCGAACGCCGGAGAUGAAUUCAACAACGUUUACGACACCUCCAGGGAGAAAGGCAUCCACUCGCUGGAAGUCCUGGUGUCCAGAGAGGACGAGUUCAGCAGCCGGCUCAGCAGCCGGGCCGGUUUCCGCGGCUGCACUGCGCUCCACUACGCCACCCUGGCCGAUGACCCUCACACUGUCCGCAUGCUUCUGGAGGCCGGUGCCAACCCGCUGCAGACCAACGGCCUGGGACACACGGCGCGGACCUACGCUAAGGAGGGAGAAGUGAGCGCGGCACUGCAGGAGUGGGAGGGCAAGUUUAAGGAGCUGCAAGCGCGUCGGGAGGCAGAGGAAAGGAGGAGAUUCCCCCUGGAGAGGAGGCUGAAGGAGCACAUCAUCGGUCAGGAAGGGGCCAUCAACACGGUGGCUUCAGCCAUCAGAAGAAAGGAGAACGGCUGGUACGAUGAAGAGCAUCCUCUCGUCUUCCUCUUCCUUGGCUCGUCAGGAAUCGGGAAGACGGAGUUGGCGAAACAGGUGGCCCGCUACAUGCACAAAGACGUUAAAAAGGGUUUCAUUCGGAUGGACAUGUCUGAGUUCCAGGAAAAACACGAGGUUGCAAAGUUUAUUGGCUCUCCUCCAGGAUACGUUGGGCAUGAGGAAGGGGGUCAGCUGACCAAGUUGUUAAAGGCAUGCCCCAACGCCGUUGUCCUGUUCGAUGAAGUGGAUAAGGCUCACCCCGACGUUCUCACCAUCAUGCUGCAGCUGUUUGAUGAGGGGCGCCUCACAGACGGCAAAGGAAAGACUAUUGAGUGUAAGGAUGCCAUUUUCAUCAUGACAUCAAACGUUGCCAGUGAUGACAUUGCCCAGCAUGCUUUGCAACUGCGGCAGGAGGCGGAGGAGGUCAGUCGCAGGAAGCUGGCCGACAACCUCGAGGAUGUACAGAAAAGCGAUGACAUUAAAAUCUCCCGACAGUUCAAAGAAACGGUGAUUCGACCGAUCCUGAAGGCCCAUUUCCGGAGGGACGAGUUUCUCGGCCGGAUCAAUGAAAUCGUGUACUUCCUGCCGUUUUGUCACUCGGAGCUGCUGCAGCUGGUCAGCAAAGAGCUCAGCUUCUGGGCCAAAAAGGCUAAGCAGCGCCAUGACAUCACUCUCCAGUGGGAUCGCCCGGUCCUGGACCUCCUGGCGGGUGGAUAUAACCUCCACUAUGGAGCGCGUUCCAUCAAACAUGAGGUUGAGCGGCGGGUCGUCAACCAAUUAGCCGCGGCGUACGAACAGGAGCUGCUGCCCAAAGGCUGCACCCUGCGUCUGUCCGUCCAAUCAGAGGGCCAGGAGGAGCGUGGCACGCCCAGCCUGCGCCUGGAGGUGGUGGGAGAGGACAGCUCUUCAAGAAGGCUGGACAUCCGUCCACCGCUGAAUCCCGAACACUAACACAGGAGGACACCAGGAGCACCUCAUCAGCACCAGCAGCAUUAUCCGGCAGGACGGAUGGGAAGCGAUGGACGUUCUUAAUAAAAGCAGCUCUGAGAAAAACUUCACCGCCUCUGAUUCAACAUGCCAAAGUGUCCGCAACAUGCAGUGCAGUUUAUGCGAUUGAUCAGAUA